UGAUAUCUUUAUAACUUAUCAACAGUGACUGUUUACUUACAAAUGUAACGAUGACAUUGGCUGACAAGCUAACUGUUAGCUAGCUGUGGGACAGGAUCUUGAUCUCAAAACAUCAACAUUGACUAAUUUGAGUAUGGAAACUUUGUGGAUAACCUCCGCCUGUACGUCUGCGGAGGCAGCGGGGGAAUGGGUCUACCCCGCCUCGGGGGGCAGGGAGGAAACGGGGGAGAUGUUUGGGUGGUGGCUUCGAAGAACAUGAACCUCAAGAAAUUCAAGGAAAAGUACCCCAAAAAACGUUUUGUAGGUGAAAACGGAGCCAACAGCAGUGUCAAAGCACUGAAAGGACUGAAGGGGGCGGACAAGGAGAUCUCGGCUCCUGUUGGUAUCACAGUCACCACUGAUGAUGGCAAGAUACUUGGUGAUCUGAAUUCCGAUGGCCAACGUCUGAUAGUGGUAAAAGGAGGACGCGGAGGCGCCUACUACUCUGAGUUUCAGCCCAGUAAGGGCCAGGCCAGACACAUAAGGCUGGACCUCAAACUCAUCGCUGACCUCGGCCUUGUUGGGUUCCCAAAUGCAGGGAAGUCAUCUCUCCUGACAGCCAUGUCUAAUGCCAGGCCUCAGGUUGCCAACUACGCUUUCACAACUUUAAGGCCGGAGAUCGGAAAACUGAUGUAUAAAGAUUACAAACAGAUUUCUGUUGCUGAUCUCCCGGGUCUGAUCGAAGGAGCUCACGUAAACAAAGGCAUGGGCCACAGGUUCUUGAAACAUGUUGAAAGGACAAAGCAGCUUCUGUUUGUGGUAGAUGUUAGCGGUUUCCAACUGGCAGCUAAAACACCGCUUAGGUCGGCCUUUGAAGCUGUUCAACUUCUCACCAAGGAGUUGGAGUUGUACAAAGAGGAGCUGGUAUCGAAGCCUGCUUUACUGGUGGUGAAUAAGAUGGACCUGCCCGACGCUGAGGACAAACUAGCAGAGCUGAAGGAGCAACUACAAAACCCUCAUGAGUACUCUAAUCUGUUGCCUGAUGACAUGAUACCGAAGAGCUACAUGAGCUUCAAACAUGUGGUUCCUGUCUCUGCCUCUACUGGGUUUGGUGUCGAUCAUUUAAAAAGUUGCAUCCGGGAGUCAAUUGACGAAGAAGCAAUGGAAACAAAAGAGAACAUCCAUCAAGAGAGGCUGCAGGCACUGAGGAGCCAGUCACAUGGACAUUUGUGAUGAACACAGACAGCAUGAUAUGCAUUUUAGGAGGACAUACAAUGCACAAAGAUAUCUGCCAAAAAAAGGAUUUGAACUUUAAUGGCAGGGAAACGGCAUCCAAUGAGAAACACAUGUGACUGUGCAGUUUAAUGCAGAACUGUACACACAAGUGAAGAAGAGCUCAACAUGAGUUGAUCUGUGCUUCAAAUCAUAACUAGUUUGGUCAGAGAUUGAUAAAAUCUAAUCUUUAUGCAUUGAAUUAUACAUUGAAACA